CAGCUGUGGGACGCGGCAAGGGGACCCUCCGAGCGACAGGGACAGCCUGGGCUGCAAGGGCAGGAGCCGCCUUGGCCUUGGAGGAAACCCUGGUCCACCAGCCCUUCUAUCCCUGGGCCUCUUCCAGCCCUGGAUGAUGGGUCCUUGGCCAUGGCGGGUGUGGUGUACCCCAAACAGGGCCCUGUGGAUUUGGACAUCUACCAAAGCUCCUACAUGGUAGACUAUCCGCACUACGGGGAGCACAGAUACUCCACGGCCACGCCGCAAGAGCAGGUGAAGCUCAACACCCAACUCCGGAAGGAAGAGUUCUACAGGCUGGCCCCUGACCCCAACCCCAAGCUGGCGGAUGGGUACCCUGCCUUCAAAAGACCCCACAUGACCGCCAGGGACCUGGGACUCCCUGGCUUCUUCCCGCCACAGGACGGUGCGGCCAGCAUGGAGGAUGCGCGCCUGUUUAGCAGCACCUGCCCCUCGGUGUACCCCGCCUCCCUGUCCCUGCACCUGGCCCGGGGCCCCCCUAACCUGGUUCAGCAGAGCACCCACUUCCCCUGCCUGCUGGAGCCCGGGCACCAGCCCGCUGCCCACGAGGCCCAGGGCUACCUUCUCCUGCCUGGCUGUGCCUGCCCUCCGCACCACAGUACCAAGGUCCCCAUCUUGUAUCGCUGGGGACCCUUGAUGCCGUUUUACCAGUAGGAAGAGGGAUGACUCAUGCCGUGGGCUGUUCCAAGAGCUCAGGGUUGUCCUGGGCCACUGCUCAGUUCUGGAGGACUGGAGGGGAAUUAAAAAUUAAACCAGAAAGAUGCCCCAGCAGCCCUGGGGUGCAGUCAUUUA